AUGGUCACCAAAUGUAUCUCCAAGACUAAUGAUGCGAUGGCAGAAAUGAAAUCAUCAAUCGAUAUUACAGCAAAUUGUGUUGUCAUUGUGGUUAUAUUCUCCCUCUUGGAAAAAGGAGCACCAAGAGAUGUACUGAUGCAUCCAUUUCUACCGAAUUUUUGUGGAAUGACUAUGAGACGUGCCAAUGAGAUGAUCCAACAAAUUCAAAUAGCAAGAAGCAUUUCGUCAGCAUCAAGUCGUUCUAAUAGUAGUCGAGAGCUAAAUGUUGGUACUGAGGAAAUCCGUAAUCAAUAUGGUCAAACACCAGUUAUAACUUUACUUCAAUCACAAGGAAUGACUCCUGCACAGCAAAAGCAAAUGGCCUCUUCAUCUAAUCCCGUUGUUCCAUCCGAUAGUUCUUUUAUUAAGCAUACCCGUGAUGAUGAAGAUAAGAUAUUUGACGCGAUCUUGGAAGAUGAAAUUCUUUAUCCUGUAAAUAUAUCUAGGGUUUCUGUUUCAAUAUUGCAGAAGUUUUCUCCAACUGAUACUUUAAAUUUCAAUGAAGAAUUCACGAAAGAACGACCUCCCGUUAACAGUCAUUUAAACACAGAUAACCAAGAUGAAUUCCGUGGAUUUUCAUAUGUUUCUGAUUGA